AUGGUCGUCACUCCGGACCACCUCACCCUGCAACCAAGAGUAAUCUUUGAGUACAAUGGCAGUGCAAUCAUUGCCAUGGCCGGCAAGGAGUGUGUGGCCAUAGCCAGCGAUCUCAGAUUUGGUGUCCAGCUACAAACGCUGGCGACCGACCACAAGAAGGUGUACAAGAUUCAUGAUCAGCUCUUCCUGGGACUCUCCGGGCUGGCAAGCGACGCUGAAACACUAUCACAGCGCUUUAAGUUCAAGCACACCCUGUACAAGUUGCGGGAGGAGCGGGACAUCAAGCCCUCUGCCUUUGCGCAGCUGGUCUCCGCCACGCUCUACGAGAAGCGCUUCGGCCCCUACUUCUGCCAGCCGGUCAUCGCGGGGCUGGAGCCGGACGGCACGCCCUACCUGUGCGGCAUGGACUCCAUUGGGGCCAUUGAGACGGCCAAGGACUUCAUGAUCGCAGGGACGGCGUCUGACGCCCUGCUGGGCAUCUGCGAGUCCCUCUGGCGGCCAGACAUGGGUCCAGAGGAGCUGUUCGAGGUCACCGCCGAGGCCCUGCUGUCGGGCCAGGGCCGGGACUGCCUUGCCGGCUGGGGCGCAGUGGUGUAUGUCAUCACGAAGGACCAGAUCAUCGCCCGGCAGCUCAAAGAGCGGACGGUGUAG